CCAGAAUCGGGUCCGAUUGCAUAAUCGCCAUCUGCUUUGACCUGCAACCACAGGCGAUCCCACCAAGCGCGUGCCUCGAGCUCAUUUCAUAGCUCGGCAGCAAGCGAGACCAGGAUGGCCAACAGCUCAGACAACGCGCCCCCGGAGCGCGGCUUCUUCCCCGCUCUAUUGGUGCGUUUCCUCUCUGUUGCGAUGGAAACCUGUAUGUGGUGGUGUUCACGCUUUGGUUGGUCUGUCCAGGGUGGAGCAGUAGCUGGGACUUCCGUUGACAUUGCGCUGUUCCCACUUGACACCAUCAAGACGCGGCUGCAAUCAGCCCAUGGUUUCUUCAAGGCUGGUGGCUUCCGAGGCAUUUACUCGGGUCUGUCUGCUGCCGCUGCUGGAUCAGCUCCUGGAGGCGCGCUCUUCUUUAGCACUUAUGAGACUUCCAAGUCGCUGAUUGGCAUGGCCGUUCCGAACCAAAAGCACUCGCCGCUGGUGCACAUGGCAGCCGCUGCGUCGGGUGAAAUGGCGGCAUGUUUGGUGCGCACUCCUACGGAGAUUGUAAAGCAGCGGAUGCAGACUGGUGUCUACAAGUCGCUACCGGAAGCGCUCAAUGCUAUUCGCGCGGCGGAGGGCGUAGCGGGGUUCUACCGGGGCUACUGGAGCAUGAUAGCGCGCGAGAUUCCCUUUUCGUUUAUCCAGUUCCCGCUUUGGGAGGGUUUGAAGUACCAAUGGUCCAAGCAGCAGAACGCUCCCGUGUCCUCACUGCAGGGUGCAGUCUGCGGAUCAAUUGCCGGUGGCGUAGCAGCAUCCAUCACGACACCGCUCGACGUGGUGAAGACGCGGCUCAUGCUCGGCAAGGACGCCAAGGGCGUUCCGUACAAGGGCACGCUGAGCACGCUUUCGCGUGUGUACACUGACGAAGGCUUAAAGCGUCUGUUCUCAGGCGUGGGGCCGCGCACAAUGUGGAUCAGUAUCGGCGGCUUUGUCUUCUUCGGUAUGUACGAGAAGGCUACCUCCACGUUCACUGCGAUCAUCUAGAGCGACGGUAGUUGCAGAUAGGAUAAUGACACUUAUCGAUAAAGAAAUGUUGCGGUGCUCUCGCUGAAGGACGGCACCGUCUAGAUCGGCACCGUCUAGAUCGUCAAUUGAUUCACGAGGUUUCUUGAAAUGAGC